UGGAGCGGAUCUGACAGGCGCUCAGCUGGCCGCUCCGUGCCAGGGCUGCAGGGGGACCUCAUGGAGGCAGCGACAUCCACCCGAGCGGCGCGCCAGUCCUCUCCUUAACGCAGAGCCGACAACCCGAACCGCCUGUUUGAAUAUGUAGUCUUUUGAUCUGCGGUUUUUAUUUUCCUGCUUCUCCCUCUCGUCCUUUUAGGACUGAAUUGGACGCAAAGCGUUUAGCCUACAGUCGACUGAACAAGAGUCAUAAGAUCGAUUCGACAGGAUCCCUGAAUGGAAGACGGCUAGAGGAAGAGAACAACCGGGAACAUUUUUCAUAUUACUUUUUUUUUAUUUUUUAUUUUUUGUUUUAAAAGCCUCUGCUGUUUGUGAGUCUGCCUUAUCAGAUAAGGACAGCGGCAGCCUCGGCGGCUGCAAACGACGCCGUCCCUGUCACGGCAUAUGGCGUGAAAGAGGCAGAAAAGCCCCUCAGAAUGAGAAGCGCCUAAGAUUCGUCGUUAUUACUGCGGAUUUAAAUGCCUCUCUCCAAGGGGCCACCGAGGCGCUAUUUUGGUCUGCUUUGCGUGCGCCGCGGCUCACGCUUUCAUUAAUAAUAAACAAUUCAUAGCUUUAAAAAAAACCCAAUAAUAAUCAGAAUCUGGUGAGAUUAUCACCAUUUAAAGCAAAUAAAGGGGGGUAUUUUUUUGAUUUUAUUAUUUUUUUUAAGCAAUAUGGCUGGUGAGUGGGGCUGGGGACGCUGGCACAGGCUCUCCAAGGCUCCUCAAUGCUAGCCGAGGCACAUGGCACGGAUCCCCAUGGAAGCGACAGCUCUAUGAGGACAAGCAUCGUCGAUAAUAAAAACAAUCCCGACUCUUCGAUCUUAAUAUCCAAGAUGGCAGACGUUGUCAUCCCCUACACGUCCGACGUGCCAUGCGACGACUACGGACAGCGCAUGUGGUGGGCAUUCCUCGCCUCCUCCAUGGUGACGUUUUUCGGGGGUCUCUUCAUCAUCCUGCUGUGGAGGACCCUCAAGUACCUGUGGACGGUCUGCUGCCACUGCAACGUUAAAACCAAGGAGGCUCAGAAGGUGAAUAACCCUGCCAACAACCCCACAGCAGACAAGACAGCGAAAGGUCCUGAUGAGAAGGAGGAGCAACCAGCCAGCGAAGUGGGAUGGAUGACUUCGGUCAAAGACUGGGCCGGUGUCAUGAUCUCCGCUCAGACGCUCACUGGCAGGGUUCUGGUGGUGUUAGUCUUUGCCCUCAGCAUCGGAGCCCUUGGAAUAUACUUUAUAGACUCCUCAGAUCCCAUAGAAUCCUGCCAGCACUUCUACGACGAUUUUACGCUACAAAUCGACAUGGCCUUCAACGUCUUCUUCCUUCUGUACUUUGGCUUGCGGUUUAUAGCAGCCAACGACAAGCUGUGGUUCUGGCUGGAGGUCAACUCGGUGGUCGACUUCUUCACUGUUCCUCCUGUGUUUGUCUCCGUCUACCUAAACAGAAGCUGGCUUGGUUUGAGAUUUCUGAGAGCGCUGAGACUGAUUCAGUUUUCAGAAAUUUUACAGUUCCUAAAUAUUUUGAAAACAAGCAAUUCCAUCAAGCUGGUUAACCUGUGCUCCAUCUUCAUAAGCACGUGGCUCACAGCAGCUGGAUUCAUACAUUUGGUGGAAAACUCAGGGGAUCCAUGGGAAAACUUUCAAAAUUCCCAGUCGCUAUCUUAUUGGGAAUGCGUCUAUUUGCUGAUGGUGACAAUGUCCACAGUGGGCUAUGGAGAUGUCUAUGCAAGAACCACCUUGGGUCGCCUGUUUAUGGUCUUCUUCAUCCUCGGCGGUUUGGCCAUGUUUGCCAGCUACGUCCCUGAAAUCAUAGAGUUAAUAGGAAACCGCAAGAAAUAUGGUGGUUCCUAUAGUGCGGUUAAUGGGAGAAAGCACAUUGUGGUCUGUGGUCAUAUUACCCUCGAAAGUGUCUCCAACUUCCUCAAAGACUUCCUACACAAGGACAGGGAUGAUGUCAAUGUAGAAAUUGUUUUUCUCCAUAAUAUUUCCCCUAAUCUUGAGCUGGAAGCCUUGUUCAAACGCCAUUUUACUCAAGUCGAGUUCUACCAGGGAUCUGUUCUCAACCCUCACGAUUUGGCCCGGGUGAAGAUCGAGUCAGCGGAUGCCUGCCUGAUUCUGGCCAACAAAUAUUGUGGAGAUCCUGACGCUGAAGACGCCUCUAACAUCAUGAGGGUCAUAUCCAUCAAGAACUACCAUCCCAAGAUCAGAAUAAUUACACAGAUGCUGCAGUAUCAUAAUAAGGCCCAUCUGCUGAACAUUCCCAGCUGGAACUGGAAGGAAGGUGAUGAUGCUAUAUGCCUGGCCGAGCUGAAGGCCGGCUUCAUUGCCCAGAGCUGUCUGGCCCAGGGCCUGUCGACCAUGCUGGCCAAUCUCUUCUCCAUGAGGUCCUUCAUUGAGAUUGAGGAAGACACAUGGCAGAAGUAUUACCUUGAAGGAGUGGCUAAUGAGAUGUACACUGAGUAUUUGUCCACUGCCUUUGUAGGCCUCUCCUUCCCCGCUGUGUGCGAGCUGUGCUAUGUGAAGCUGAAGCUGUUGCUCAUUGCCAUUGAAUUCAAGUCUGAGCAGGGAGAGAGCAGAAGCCGAAAGCGCAUCCUCAUCAACCCGGGCAAUCACGUCAAGCUGCAGGACGGAACACUGGGAUUCUUUAUUGCUAGCGAUGCCAAAGAAGUAAAGCGAGCAUUUUUCUACUGCAAAGCUUGUCACGAUGACAUCACAGACCCCAAAAGGAUCAAAAAGUGCGGCUGCAAACGACUGAUUUAUUCCAAGAUGUCCGUCUACAAACGAAUGAAACUGGCAUGUUGUUUUGAUUGCGGCCGUUCAGAGCGAGACUGCUCUUGCAUGUCAGGCAGUGUACAUAGUAACAUGGACACCCUUCAGAGGGCCUACCCACUUUCCUCUGUCUCUGUUCAUGAUUGCGCAACCACUUUACGUGCCUUCUCUUCAGCUAAAUAUAAGUAUAAUGGAUUUGUCAGAUCACCAGCAGAUGGCGCUACAACACCACGGAACAGUGGAAGCCAAAAAGAGGCUGGCGUUCGAUUCAAAGCUGAUUGCAAUCUAGUUGAGGACGAGCAUCCCUCGACACUCUCGCCCAAAAAAAAACAGCGCAACGGGGGGAUGCGAAACUCACCCAACUGCUCGCCCAAAAUGAUGAGUCGACAUGACCCCCUCCUAAUCCCCGGAAACGAACAAAUUGAGAACAUGGACAUGAACGUGAAGAGGUACGACUCCACGGGGAUGUUUCACUGGUGCCCUUCGAAAGAAAUUGAGAAAGUCAUCCUGACCCGAAGUGAAGCCUCCAUGACUGUGCUGAGCGGCCAUGUAGUGGUCUGUAUAUUUGGGGAUGUCACGUCCGCUUUGGUGGGGCUGCGAAACCUGGUGAUGCCUUUAAGAGCCAGCAACUUUCACUACCAUGAACUAAAGCCUAUUGUAUUUGUGGGCUCGCUGGAUUACCUUCGGAGAGAGUGGGAGACUUUACACAACUUUCCCAAGGUCUCCAUCUUACCUGGUACACCAUUAAGUCGGGCAGAUUUAAGGGCUGUCAACAUCAACCUCUGUGACAUGUGCGUAAUACUGUCAGCCAAUCAGAACAAUAUCGAAGAUGCCUCUCUGCAGGAUAAGGAAUGCAUCUUGGCAUCACUCAACAUCAAGUCUAUGCUGUUUGAUGACAGCAUUGGGGUCUUACAGGCUAAUUCCCAAGGUUUCACGCCUCCUGGAAUGGACAGGUCAUCUCCAGACAGCAGCCCAGUACAUGGCUUUGUGCGUCAGGCUUCGGUAACCACCGGAUCCAACAUCCCCAUCAUCACAGAGCUAGUGAACGACUCGAAUGUUCAGUUCCUGGACCAAGACGAUGAUGACGACCCAGACACAGAGCUGUACCUGACUCAGCCCUUCGCCUGCGGCACCGCCUUUGCCAUCAGUGUACUCGACUCCCUGAUGAGUGCGACAUACUUCAACGAUAACAUCCUCACACUAAUCCGGACACUAGUCACUGGAGGAGCCACGCCAGAGCUGGAGGCCCUGCUAGCUGAGGAGAACGCUCUCAGAGGAGGCUACAGCACGCCACAGACGCUGGCCAACAGAGACAGGUGUCGCGUUGCCCAGCUGGCCCUGUAUGACGGCCCAUUUGCUGACUUAGGGGAUGGUGGCUGCUACGGCGACUUGUUCUGCAAAGCGCUGAAAACAUACAACAUGCUAUGCUUUGGGAUCUACAGAUUAAGAGACGCUCAUCUGGGUUCCCCAAGCCAGUGCACAAAACGAUAUGUGAUCACAAACCCCCCGUACGAGUUUGAGCUGGUGCCCUCAGACCUGAUCUUCUGCCUCAUGCAGUUCGACCACAACGCCGGCCAGUCACGGACGAGCUUAUCCCACUCUUCCCACUCCUCCCAUUCCUCCAGCAAAAAGAGUUCCUCGGUGCACUCUGUGCCCCCCUCCAACCGGCAGAACCGCAGCAGUAAGAGCAGAGAGGCGCGCGAAAAACAGAAUGCAACAAGGAUGAAUAGAAUGAGCCAAGAAAAGAAAUGGUUUACAGAUGAACCGGAAAAUGCCUACCCAAGGAACAUUCAGAUCAAGCCCAUGAGCACUCACAUGGCCAACCAAGUCAACCAAUACAAAUCCACUAGUAGCCUGAUUCCACCAAUCAGAGAAGUUGAAGAUGAAUGCUGAACAGGGGCAGAGGGGUUUCUUUGCUAACUCACCAGACAUCUGUGCGCUCUGUCUGAAGAGACGGGCAGAGAUCACCAGUGGAGAUGUGACGAUAAUACCGACAGGAGUAUUGAAGACUGACAUGUUUCUCUUCACUCUUACUUUGGGUCAUGGGUUGGACGGGAACCCGGACUAGAAGGGAUCUCCUGUGUGUAUACCCUAAAUGUUACUUCCAUGCUUUGGACUCUGUUUAAUUUAUAAAUGUAUCCAUAGAGAUGUAAAUAAUGACAAUCAAAUAAGGACUGUACAGCCCCUCUCCACUAGUGCUUUUUUUGGAAUUAUUUUAAGAAUUGACAAAAAAAAAAGUACUUCCUGUUAUUCUUUGCAAUAGUUCACUUCUUCACAAGACCAUGGAUAAGGCGGGAGUGGGUUAAUGGAGAAUGGAGGAUUGAAGCGACACACUGAUAUCAUCUCCCAAAGAUCCACCCAGAUGUAAAACCAGCUGGGUUCAUCGUCAUCAUAUCUUCUGUCUGCAUCUGUUUUCUAUUUGCACUAAAACUAAACAAGCUUCUUUUGACAGAACAACAGGAAGCAUCAACCCUCCGCCAGGAAGCUGUUUCAAAGGAGAUUUACAUAUGGACAGAAUGAAGGAGGAAGGGGGCGAGAAGGGGCAUUGGGCUUUGAAUGCAUACUAAUCUUGUUCUGUGGUUAUCUAUCCAUGAUUUGCAGAUUUACCUUGAUCCAUCACUUUGGGCAAGAGCAUUCCAGCCCUGCAGAACAUAAUCACCUUGCAAAGCAGAAAUCUAUUAUCUCAGAGAGUGUUGUGAUGAAGGCUCAUGCGUCCUCCAAAGACAACUCUGAACCCAUAUGUUUUUCGUAGAUAUGUCAAAUACUAAGGCUGAGAUUCCCGUUCAACCUCACAUGUGUGCCUCAUCCCCCUUUCUAACACACUGUGGCGGUUCUGAUGCAAAUGGCACCCUAGGCGAGCCCCUCCCUCUGCACCUUCAAAGGAAACAGAAUGAACCAAACAACAGAAUAUUUCAACAGUAUUUAAGGAAUUCGUGUCCAGUAUAGAAUCGUGUUCAGGUUUAAUCCUGGAUUCUAGAUUUUAAUCGAUGCAUUCUAGAAGACACAAAAAUUGUGAAAUUGCCUUUGAAUUUAAAAGAAUCGGAAGCUGCUAAACAGAAAUAUUUUCUUACUGUACUUAAGCUGUGUGAUAACAGGGCAGCACUCGCUAACCAUUGACUGGGCUUGCAAAUAAAUGGCAGAAAGUCUAACUUCCAGAGCCUGACCACCGAGUGCUGGUGAUUCCCCCCAUGGAAUGCCGCCCUGGGCAGUGGGCCCACAUUAACAACCACCACCGAUAACACAAACUUUAUAGCGUGGUUUAUUGGCCUGAAAACAUACAAAGGUUAAAGUCUGACCUCACCAGUCUGUCACACAUUCAGUUUUAUGUGUAAACGUGAGCAGCUACUUGUGUCUCCUCUGUCGCGUUUAUCACUGUAAAGCACUCACCCUCACUGGAUUGUAUGCAUUGGUGCAGCGUGGAGGGGGCAGCAUGAACAAUUUCAGUACCAAAACAACACUACGAACAGUAAUAAAAACUAAAGGAUUUUGAUCUACAAACAAUUAGGUUGCAUUAAACGUAAAAAAGAAAAAUCCUCAACUAUGACUGAUCUAGCAAGAAUGGCAGCUGACUGGCCCUCUUAAACAUAUUGCCGUAGUAUUUGCGGCAGAACUGGGAUCACAAAGAAGAGUGCUGCGUUUUUUAAUGUUAUUUUUCCCCCUCUACUUUUGUUUCACCUUAAAGUUUGUUUCUGUGGAAGGGAAUGCCACAUAGCGCAUAAAGUGGGCAUUAACGGGCCCUCCUUUGAUCAGAGCCACUGCCUGGCACAGGGUUGGCACAGAGGCAGUUAAGAGCUUGGAUGUUCUCUGCUGCCAAUCCAGAUGUCACUUGCCUCAAAAGUCCCAGGAGUUAACCAGCUGCAUUCUACCCUGAUAGACUCAGCCAUAGUUGAGGAAAUGCAACAAGUCCACAGACGGCAUUGAGAAGCACUGAAAAUGUGUUUAUGUUCUUUAUGCCAGCCUGCGUGCAACAGUAGAUCCAAAUCCUGCUCUUAUGGAGUAAAACUGAUAGCAAAUGUGUUGGUGGAUUUAUAUAUUUAAACUUUAUUUUAUACCCAUGAGCAUAACGAAUUUGUAUUUAUUUUUCUAACAAAGAUUCUUGAAGAAAUUGUUUUAGAAGAUAAAUGGUCAAAAUGUUUUAACAUAUCAAGUACAUUUGCAUUGUAAAAAAAAACCUAUUCAUUUUUUCACAAUAUGUUAAAUUCUCUCACCCCCUGCACCCUCUAACUAACAGACUACAUCGCCCCAGAGCAAACACACCUAACAGCUUGGCUGCAUUGAGUGUGUGCAGGAAUGAACUUGAGCUCACCUUAAGCAUUGUUUUAGUUGCACAGCGUCUACGAAACAAUGUGUAAGGGUAGGUGGAUUUUGUUUUGGGGGUGGGGAGAGCAGCUCGGCAGCAUUGAGUGCGCCCAGAAAUGAACUUGAGCUCACCUUAAGCAUUGUUUCAAUUGAAAAGUGUCUACGACACAAUGUGUAAGGGUACGUGUAUGCGGUCUUUGUUUUGGAGGGGAGGAGGUAACUCAGUCGCUGGAGUGGUGAUGAAGAGUCAAAGAAGAUGAAGUUGCUCCCACUGUGUCCAGGCCAGAAAUAACUGACCUUCAGGAGACGUGUUUGACCUAAAUUAGGUCUCUAGUGUGGAGGAAGACUAUGCGAUAAACCACAGCACAGUGUGCUCGUGUUUUCAUGAGACAGAAAAUUUAAUAAAAUAAAUAAAUAUGACCAAGAGACGCUGUCUGUUUACUGCAGCGAUUCUCUUCUCUGUAGACUUGAAAGGAAAAAUAAAUCCAAGCAUAGGAUACCCUUUUGGAAUAUGGGGUGAAAAGAUAUUGUGCUAAAUAUGUUUGUGUAGACUCAACCCAUGAUAUAGACCACACAUCUUUCUUAAACAAAAUGAUCCAAGCUUUAGUGUCUGUCUAUCGGGUGUAACUAUACUGGCGCUUCACACACAUUGUCCUGAAGUGAACUUUUGGAACUGUGAUUGCAUCAUUGUCACACAUUGUAGCAAAUAGAUUUCUUUUCAAAAAAAAAAAAAAAAAACAUGAGUAAAAUAUUUGUAUAAUUGGGUUGUUUAUAGCAGAUUUGCUCGCCUGAACACUAAGAAAUUAUUAAUAACGUGACAAUGACUCAAACAGAAUUGACAAACUUGAACCUUAAAAACAAAAACAAAAUGUAAAAAAAAAAAAAAAAAGAUCUUGGGUUUGAUUUAAGAAUGCAGAGACUAUUUAAGGAAAGGUCAGAUUUAGUUUAACGUCUGAAAUGAAAGGUAGCACCAAUUCAGCAACAGUUAUCAAAAGAGAGAACAUCCUUAGCUUCCCUGGGUUUUACUUUGUUGUUAUCCAAGGUUUUUACAUUCCAUUUUGUCACCUUGUCAUUAUCUGUCACAGACUGUCACAAAUGCUUCUGAUUUGUUUACACGGUACCUUUAAGGCAUUUAAUAUGUCAAACUGACAACACAUGAAUUAUUACAUCAUUUAUUUUUCAUAUACUUGAUGACUGUUGUUUUUUCUACCUGAGCCCCCAUCAUGCAACUUUUUCAAGCCAGCGCUAUCAACGACGCUGGAAUGAGAUGUGUCUUUAUCCUACACCUGUAGAAAUGUCUUUGUAUAAUAUACCUCCAAAGUUUUUUUUUUUUUCCUUUUUUUUUUUUUAUUAAGUGCCAUGAAGCAUUUGGUUGAACAUGCAUCCUUCAGUCAUUCAGGCAAACUUUAGAAAAAGCAAAGUCCCAGAGUUGUUUUUUUUUUUUUUUAUUUAUUCCACUGUGAGAAACAGUGUCUUGUACUGACAUGGAGAACAUCCAAGCCACCAAUGCCUCCAUGCCAGUACAGUGCCAGGCAGUGCCGAAGGUCAGGAGGAGGGCCCAAAAUCAAGUCCCACCUAAGCGAAAAGUGGCAUUCGGGAGGUCAGAGCAGGGCGUGGAAAAAGUUAUAAAUCCCCAGUGGUCAAAUCAUACAUAUAUAUGGUCUCUGCUGCAGGUCAUGUCACGCUGUGCAGUGAGAUAUGGAUGACUGAAGGAUUCAAACACAAGCCCUUAUAUGUUGCAUCACAUAUGAUUUUCCACUUAUAAGAUCAAAGCAUAAAAUGCAUUAUAUGUGAAUGUGGCAGUAUGUUGCAUUAGUUUUAUUUUCAGUAUUAUUAUUUUUAGCUUUAAAUGAUGGGUAUAAUUUACUUGCAGGGGAUUGUACUAGAUAUAUUAUAUAAGCUGGGGAAUGGAGGUAGGUCUCAAGUCUUAAUAACACAUUAAAGUUGCAUUCAGAAAUUUUGUCCAAAAAAAUAAAAAAAUAAAGGUUGCUUUUUUGUCAUUUCAGGAAGAUUUCAGAAUAUUGCUGUCGAUUAUCCCAGAUAGGAGUUGUUGGCAUAUUGCCGUUACAGCAUACAGGAGUCUGACAUAGCAUUCUAAUUAGUUUGGAUGUGUUUUAGAGAUGAAGGAUUAACGGAUUAUUUGAUGGUGCUGAGUUGAUCUACCUGACUCUGUCAAAUAUAGUCUGCUGAUAAAUAUUCUGUCUUGUACAAAAAGUUUGUACAUAGAUUGUACAUGGUUUCUUUUUGUAUUUUCUCAAAUUAAAAUGGAUGUAUUUGUGUUCUAAA